AAUGGACAUUUCCUCUCUUCCAGAAUCCGAACAGCAACACCUCAACCCACAUUUCCAAGAACAAGUUCAGGCCCAGCAAUACCCACAAUACCAAAUUCAAGAUUAUUACUAUCAAACGCAGGGCCAAUCCUAUGACCACUCUUAUUAUUCGUAUUACCUGCAUUACCCACCUCAAAAUCAAUGGCAAUAUGACCAACAUCCACAAAACUACGCUUAUUACCAACCCAAUUACUCCGUUGCGUAUCAGCAACCUCCUUAUCAUCAGCAUGAGUCCGCGCCCAGGGUUUCAGCGCCGCAAGAAGCAGCGCAAAUGGUAGAUUCUGGUGGGACUGGGAUAUCGUUGCAGGCGGUGCAGCAGCAGGGCGUUUAUCCUCUGCCGCAGAGUUCGGUUGAUGUGGUGGUGCAGCCGGGGAUGAAUCCAGCGGCCCCUGCAGCGAUCGCGGCGCUGGAGCAGCUUACACAGUUGGCGCGGUCGAUGGACGCGGCGGAGAGGGCAAUGGCUAGGUUGCCGGCGAAGAGUCCAGGCUUUGAACUGGUUCCGAUGCUUCCUCGGGAUGGUCAACAUCAACACAGGGGUGGUGGUAGAAGGGGCGGCAGACCAUUCCGAGGGGGUGGCUGGGGAAAUGAUGGCCAACACCAAGGUUCUGCCCCCCCUCCUCGUGGAAAGGGACACGGUCGGGGUAAUGCUCGUUUUAGGAGUUUCAAAGCACAAAGUGUGAUUUCUACAUCUUCCUAUACAGAACCUUCUGCUGCUAAGGAAAACUCGGCUGAUGCAGCCAAAAAGGCAGCCGAAUCUGCUUCUGCACCAGAAAGGAUAGCUCCUAACCGUCGACCUCGGCAGAUUGCUUGGUGUGAACUUUGUAGGGUAGAUUGCACUAGUUUGGAAAUUCUUGAGCAGCACAAGAAUGGAAAGAGGCAUAAAAAGAACUUGCUGAGGAUUGAAGAGUUGAAAAAUGCUAUCAAACCAGCGGAUUCUAUACAGAAUCAUCCAGAAUGUAUAAAUGAUUCCAAGCCGGUAGAGUCUCAGCAGCCUCCAAUUGCAGAGGAUAGUGAAGAGCAGAAGUCAGCAGAAAACUUACCCUCUAAAGCUGGUAAUGCUGAAUAUAGAAUGGAGAACAAUCUGCAAAAUAAUACACAGGAAAAACCUGAAGUUCCAAUGGGGGAAUCAUCUAAUAAGCAAGGAAGGAAGCCAAGGACAAAUUUGUUUGAUAAUAGGAGACGUGGAAUAAAACGCAAAAUGAAGGGUGGUCGUGGAGGGAAGCGUAUAAAGACUUAUGAAACUCAUAGAAGAGUGGUGGAACCUCCCAAACCUAAAGUCGUAGCUCCCCUAAUAUGUGAUUUGUGCAAUGUCAAGUGUGACACUCGCGAGGUUCUUGACCGCCAUCUUUCUGGUAAAAAGCACAUUGCCAAGUUUAAACGAUUUCAAGGUCAUCAGGCAAUAUAUGGGCCAACAGGGCUUCAGGCACUUUACCCUCCCAAUCCAAUUGGACAAACUCAUUCCCUCCCUCAAGGCCAUCAAUCUUUCUACAAUCCUCAGGGCUCAUUUCUCGCACAAGGGGGUUAUUUUCCUUCCCAAGGACACCAAUCUGCAUCAGCAGCUGCAGGUUUGAAUCCUCGAUCCUCACAAAGUUCCACACCUCAACAGUCGGAAUCUACUUCAGCUCUUGACGCAAAUCCUGCAAAUGCUGUCUGAGAAACCGGAGGCAAGGGAUCAGAUCCUCCUCUCAUUAGCACCAGGUCUCUAACCGAGUAGAUUUCUGUGACCUACAGAUAUGCUACAUUCACUGUGAAUAUGGAGUCUCUUCUAGUGAUGUUGUCUUGCAGUGAAGCCAUGAACUUAAACUUGGUUCAGUAAGCAAAGAAUUUCACUUUCUACUAGUUUUUCUUGACUCUUAAGGUAACUUUGCUUCUUGUUUUUGCCUUUGGUGGAAAUCAGGUUGGAGAAUAUAUCGAUAUUAUUAUAUAAACUAGUCAAUACCCCGCGCGUUACCUGGGACUUUUUAUAACAUGUAUGAAAAAAAUUUAUGGAA